AUGCAGAAAACGUGGAAGGGUCUCAAAGAAAGCGACGCAGUCGUUGAUAUUCCUGGAAUUGGAGUAUAUUCAAUGGACACCGUGUCUGCCAUGAACCAAUGGAAUGUUGCAAUGGAAACGCUUAAACUGGCGCAAAAAGCACUAACUUGGGUCCAUACCAUUGAUUUUACGCUGUCAAUGCCAACGAAGUUCCGGGUUGCGAUGCAGACUGAUCUCCCGUCAAAGAUAAGAGCUAUCCGCGUUCAGUCAUCAAAGGCAGAGAUUCUGGAUCUCGUGCGAUCGGUAUACGCGUAUUCGGAUACGAAAGACUUUGGCGUGGGGACUGUGAAGCGGCGGCAACGUCGUCGGCUCCAAGUUUUCUACGACCAACUAGAACUUCGCGACAGUCACCACGUUACCGGCACCGACCACCGGGCACAUUGUGGCGUCCUACGCCACACGUAUCCCUAG